AUGGGCCCCUUUACUUACUCGGCGAUGGGAGUCGCCCUGGGUCUGGCGCUUCACCAUGGAUUGCUUAUUCAUGGAGAAUGGCAUAUCCGGGCACCUGAUCUUCUCAUAUAUCACGUUGUGUGCUUCGCAUCUCUUCUAACCCUGCUCGAGUCUGCACCCUCGAUGAUUCUGGGGUACAUCGCCUCCCUCUUCUCCAGCAUCAUCGUUUACCGCGUCUUCUUCCAUCGCCUCAGGCAAUUCCCAGGACCAAAGUUGGCUUGUGUCACCAAGCUAUGGCACGCCUGGCACGCCCGGCAUCGGCAGAACUACCUCGUAUUGGGGAAGCUACAUGAAACAUACGGAGACUUCAUCCGGACCGGCCCGAGCGAGGUCACAGUCUAUCAUCCUGAUGUUUUUAUGGCUAUUGAUGGGCCCCAGGGGAAUUGUGUCAAGUCAGACUGGUAUGAUUUGCUGCAUCCGAAACAGUCACUCGUGACAGCGCGGAAAAAGGAGGUUCAUGCUGGACGUCGUCGGCAAUGGAAUCGAGGAUUCACAAGUCAAGCGCUGGAUCAAUAUCAAGACCGCAUCUUGCCUCUUCUCGACGAGCUCGAUGGCUGCAUCGAGGCGGACAUUGCUGCUGGUCGCCCAAGCAAUGCAAGAAACCUCUUCUUCUGGCUAGGAUUUGAUCGCAUGGGCGACUUUAUCUUCAGUCGAACCUUUAAUAUGCUUUCUCGACAGGAAUGGCAUCACAUUAUUCUUCUCCUUCAACGGGCUCUAUCCCUACUAGGCCCACUGAGCCCUGUGCCCUGGCUCAUCCACAUUGCAUUCAAGCUUCUUCCACGAAUAUGGAUUUUGAAUGACUGGUUCCGGAUGGUAGCUUGGUGUGAAUCGCAGAUGGUCAAUCGACUAAAGACGCACGCGGACACCGGCAAAGCCCGAGAUGUCGCCCAUUACCUCCUUGAAGAUGUAAAGGAGGACUACCAACAGUUCCCUUGGCUCACAGGCGACGGCAUCCUUGCAAUUGUUGCGGGAAGCGAACCAACAGCCGCCGUUCUCACCGGCUUAUUCUAUGAAUUAGCCAAACACCCCGAACACGCAGAAGAGAUUCUCCGCGAAAUCAGCUGCAUCGAUAUCCACGACUCUCGAGCCCUCGCGCAAAGAUGCCCGCACUUAGAAGCAGUGAUCCUCGAGGCCCUGCGUCUAUACCCAGCCCUUCCCACAGGAGGAAACCGCAAAACACUGGAAAACGGGGUUGUCAUUGGCGGAAGAUAUAUCCCACCCGAUACGACAAUCGUCGCUCCCAGAUUCUGCAUCUCCCGUCGCGAAGACUGCUUCGAGAAAGCCCUCGAAUUCAUCCCGGAACGAUGGUACAAGCACCCCGAGAUGGUGUGGAACAAGGCCGCCUUCGCCCCUUUCGGAACAGGCCACCACAGCUGUCUCGGCCGAGCCCUAGCAAUGAACGACAUGCGGCUCACCACCGCCCGACUAAUCCAGAAAUACACCUUCACCUUUCCCGCCGGCGAGAACGGCGAUUCCGUUUGGAAGGACUUGAAGGACCAGUUUACGUCGAAUCCCGGUUGUUUACGGUUGGUUUUUGAACGGCGACAGGCGUAA